GUCCUGCUGUAUUGUAUUGUUCGUCUAUUGUAUCCUUUCCGGAUUGGGGUUGUGUUGUAUGGUUGCGUCUGCCGGACAAAAGAACGAAACCGAAACGGUUGCUGUGUUUCUUUAGGGCGGUUAUUAGCAAACAUGAGUCAUAUUCGUUUGUUUCAUUAGAGAAAAGGUGAAACAGUCGCACGCAGCUAGUAGUCGCCGGAAACAUGGACCUGCAGGAGUGGACGCCGUUGGUGGAUCUAGUAGGCAAGAUUCCGACGCGUGUACAACGUAGUCUAUUGUUCCAAGAUGUAUUGAUAACGUGCUUGGAUCUGGUGGAUGAAUUCAUCGCACUCGGGACCAAUGUCGGAAUCGUUUAUUGGUACAACCGUAAAACUACUGCGAUAGAGCGCUUGCAAGUUGAUGGAUCCGGUUAUUUGACUCGUGUUCGGAUUAUUUCAACAGUGGAUUUUAUGGUUGCAGCAGGAUGCCGGCAGGGUUCUGUAAAUAUAUUCCAAAUUCCCAAAGAAGCACCUCCCGACGUUAGCGCCGAACUGUUGCUUAAGAACAAACCUAUCGAACGAUACACACUUUGUGAGAUCCAUCGAGCAGCUAUAACCGAUUUCGCUUGGUCUAAAAAUGGAAUGAAACUUUUCUCCGGCGAUGCGUUGGGAAUGGUGGCUUUCACCGAGAUCAACUAUCAAUCUCGGACCUGGGAAUCGAGGGAAAUUGUCAACGAGAAAUACGAAGUUGUGCAGUUAAGUUUGCGAAAAGCUUAUCUGCUUCUUUCCACCACCUACCGGACUGUGAUCUGCACUCAGGAGGAUAAAAACAAAUGGCGUGUCAUACAGGUCGGUAAAAAGGACCGUAAAAUGUUGAGUCCGUUUGGAGCGACAUUUCACGUAUAUCAAAAGCAACCACAGCUAGUCUGCACACGAUCCGGCUUUCGGCUGUGGAUAGCUAACUCGGACGGUGAAGUUGCACAAACGCUUCUUUUUAAGGAAAUAAUCAAGGGUACAGCUCAGGAAAUUCCUAUUCUUAACCCUAGUAGGCAUCCCGUACGAAUACCAACAACGUUUGGGACGUUGCACACAUUCCAGGACAAAUAUCUGCUGUCGGUGGCAAACGAUAUGCUUUUCGUAUUGGACUUGGAUGCUAUGAAAGUGAUAGCUUCAUUGACCCGUCUGCGAAAAAUAAUUGACAUUUCAGUUAACAAGCAUGAGAUUCUUAUUUUGGAGAGUGGACGUUCACUAGUUCGUAUUUCAACGCUUCCAGACAGUAGCCAAACUACGAUAUUGUAUAGAAAUGCGGAACUAUUUGCCGCAGUUGAUAGAGACAGCCAAAUCGUUGUAGCAGAUGAGUGUCUAGAAGAAUCGCAACCAGAUACAGCGUCCGGUGGUUCUAGAUAUGAGGAAAUAGAUUCUGUCGAUAUUGAGCAACCAGUAGAGCAAAGACCCACGAACAGUAACGCUAGUUCUCUCCAAAUGGUUGCACACAUGAAAAAAUUGGCGAUAUUCGAUUCGUUGAAUGAAGCCAACUAUGACGAGUCCAUUCUGUACAAAAGUGAACGGACGAAAUCCAAGCAUUCCGCUAAAACCAACACCAUGGUGGAGAUUGGACAAAUUGCAAAGGAUUGCGAAGAGACGGACGAUCCUCCUAGCGAAAGUAAAUGAGGAGUAAAUUGUUGUUUUAGUGUUGCUUAGAGCAGUCUUAGUUAGGUUCUGUUGGUACUGUGAAUUGUUAUUGCUUGCGCUUCGUUAGCCAUCGGCAACACUCUAUUGUAUGCUUAGGACAUCCAACGUGAUUUAAAAUAUU